CAUGGGCUCUUUGUGUUACAGACCAAGAAGAGGAGAAACAACGGUCGUGCCAAGAAGGGCCGCGGACACGUGCAGCCCAUCCGCUGCACAAACUGCGCCCGCUGCGUCCCCAAGGACAAGGCCAUUAAGAAGUUUGUCAUCAGGAACAUUGUGGAGGCAGCGGCUGUGAGAGACAUCUCAGACGCCAGCGUCUUCGACUCUUAUGUUCUGCCCAAGCUCUACGUGAAGCUGCACUACUGUGUCAGCUGUGCCAUCCACAGCAAAGUGGUGAGGAACCGCUCCUGUGAGGCCAGGAAGGACCGAACCCCACCACCAAGAUUCAGGCCCACUGCUGGCGCACCAAGAGCUCCUCCAAAACCAAUGUAAAGUGAAAUCUGAAGAUGCUGUGUUCCUAAAAAAGAAAAUUAAAACGUCUUUACAAAACUUGAA